CACUGUUUCUUCCGAUGACUAUGAAGGGGGGCACCAAGAACGUCGGCUGGUCGUUGCGCGGCGUCAGAGUGGACGGCAUCUCCGAAUACAAUGUGGUCAACGUCGGCGCCACAGCCGCCGACGCCCGUGAGCGGAAGCCACUGAAAGUAGUGAGUGAAUGGACGACCAAGAGAUGGCGUGUGGAGGUCAACGCUACGUACAGUUUGGCCCUCUUGACUGAUGCUGUUUACGUCACACUGCUCGCCCGAAUAAAGCUCGAAAUACCGGACGUGCGGAUGAAGUUCAGCGCCUUCGUCUGGGGCGAAGAGCAGCCCGAUCCGGCCAUCGUCCGCUUCUUCACCGAAGACAAGCUCUUCAACCUCGAGUUCAAGCCGGACGACAUGAAAAUAGGGGUCGACAUCGCCUCUCUGCCCUCAAUAGCUUCCAUUCUUAUUCCAGCUCCCGCCUUGAACGAGCUAGUCGAGCUGCACGUCCGGUACAGGGCCCUGCCGGUAAUGUGGCCAGCCAUCAAGCAGGAGGUGGGAAAGGUUUUCCAGGACAUCACGAACGGGGAGGUGAUCCGAGUGAUCAUUCGCUUCCUGCUGCUCCGCCGCGGUAACAGUCCCCCGGCAACGCCGAAGCCGGCGGUCUCGACGCCCGCAGCCGCCGCGGCCAAGACAAAGCCCUCCAGGAUAUCGGAGAGCAUCACUGGCCAGCCUGACAAGAAGGGCACCGCCUAGGUCGGCGAACGGCGUGACACAAAUCUCCCCCACUAACGUUUCGAUCAUGCGGUCCGUUCAGUGGUCACCUCAAGGAUGGGUCAAUCACGGUGCGGGCUCCACCGUUAAACUCCCUCUUUGAAGGGUGCCAGGGGUGUUCCGGGGGUGCUCCAGGUGCAGACCGGAGAGUUCCACCGGAGUGGCAGGCGUCGUUUUAGUGCUUUGAAGUCAACCCCAAAUAUCCGUUUUGCAUGCAAGUUGUCACGCCUGUUUGGUAGCUCUGCACGGCCAUAAUGAAGUCUGCCAUUGCAUUCAUCGCGGGAGCCGAUCAACCAGCCUUGUUUAAUACACCAUCGAAUGAGCGAUGCCUUGUCUUCACACGGAAGCCUCAUCACUAAGUUUGCUGUGGUAGUUUUCUUGGGCAGUUCAGUUUGAUUUGCUAGAUACCCCACGUACACGCACAUAAAAC